AAAACUGAAGACGCGCUAAACCGAAAGAAAGCAGGUUAGCAAACUAUUCCUUUUUCUGUUCACUUUUAUAAAAGGGGGGUCGAUUGUCAGUGUUGUUUGAAAAGCGGGAAACAUGUCUAGGCAGCUGGGUGACCACCAUCGGAGGUUUCUGCAGACCAUGAUGACCAUUGGCAUCACCAGUGAAAAAGAAGCGAAGACACUUUAUCAGCACUGCUGUGAAACGCACAAAACACAGUGCGCUCCUGACAGACUGGAAGAGUUCAUUGAAGCCAUCAACUCCAGGCUGCAGCCCAUGUUCAUGCAGAUUAGAAAAGGCAUGUCUGAGGAAGAUGGCCAACAGCACUACGCCUUGGUCAACACAGCGGAAACUGACAUCACCAGGAUGACGUCAGAUUACGCGGACAACGAACUGGAACUGUUCAGAAAGAUAAUGGAUUUAAUUGUUAGCUCUGAGAACGGAAAGGCCUCUUCCACUGACAUUCUGAACAGCGCCGACAUGAUGACAUCUAAAAAAUUGAAGAAAGGUGAAACACAGCAGCUUCUGCUUCGACUCGUUCAGGACAAGUGGCUCUGCGAGAGCCAGGGGGAGUACAAUCUGUCCACUCGAUGUAUCAUAGAGAUGGAGCCAUAUAUCCGUGCAAUGUAUCAAGACCAGGUGAAAGUCUGCCACAUAUGUCACAACAUGGCCUUUCAGUGCCAGAUUUGUGAGAAUCCCUCCUGUGGAAUAAAAAUCCACAACCCUUGCGUGGCCAGAUACUUCAAAGGAAGAAUGGAGCCUCACUGUCCAGCCUGUGAUGACUUUUGGCCCCAUGAAAUCCCUGAAGUAAGAGAGCUCCAUUCUUUAUCCAAAAGAUGACGACCCCCCCGCAUUGUUUUUUUAAUUGUUUCAUAUUUUUCACAAGGUUUGUUAUAGCCUCUAUUUUUAAAUAUUAUCUAUAUUUCCUCAAUUUUCUAUGGAAAUAAACUAAAUUUUAUUUUAUUGUUGCAUUUAACUUGCAUCCAAAGAUCUUGCAUCUACCUGUUAAAAAGAAAACCUUCAUUUAGUGUUUAAUAGCUUUUCCUCUCUGAUGUAAUUUAUAUUUCAGCUUGAUUCAUGUCUGUCCAGAUUUUGUAAAUGGAUUCAUAAUAUUUGCUAUGACUUCAUAACAUUGGUUUUUAACUAAGAAUAAAACGUAUUUCUUUUUUAUU